CAUUGGAUGCAAAAUUUUGCGUUAUAAGCAAAUUCUGUCGCGAACUUCAGAUAGUGCUUGUUUAGUAAAAAGGAUUGCCCGACAUACGUGCUGGUGAAACAUCUAAAUCUGUUACCCUAUGAUACGACAGUCCAAGUUGGAUUCUAGAGUAGGGACGUCUGUGCUUCCCAUCCCUCUAAAUCUUCGAAGUCUAAGGCUCGCCAUUAGAGGAGGCAAUGCCGUUGGUGGUGUUCCCUUGUUUAUGGUUUGUUCUUUUAGAAUUGUUUGCACCAUCUUCGCCCUGACACCUCUGGUUGCUGCUAACUUCGUUGUUCUGGGCACAUUCAUCAAAGGUUGGAUCCUGUAUAUAGCAGGCUCACUCCCCGGAUGUGUGAGUCGCGCAGCCCCAAUACCUGAUACUCAUCCUAAGCUGUCUUUAGAUUCUAUCAUCUUCUGCACCUGCGAUGGCGUCGCCUUGAUAAUACAAGAUGUUGGAGGAGGCAUUGCGUCGGCAGCUACAACUCUACCAGCCGCCAAUAAGGGUGGAGAUAUAAUACUCGGCGGCAUUGUGUUCCAACUGGCUGUUAUUACUGUGUAUGUCCUUUGUGCUGCUGAGUUUCUUGUAUGAUACGUCAAGGGCGUCCCGAUCACUUCCCGUACUGCGAAUUGCCAGGUAGACGUAGCUUCUAUGAAGCCUAUUUACUCUCGCGGCAUCAUGAGUGGAAAAAUGUUGCUCAUGUUAGGGGCUUUGACCCCCAGCACCAUCU